AUGACGGUGGGGGGCUAUUUUAGCGAUGGCCUGAACCCAGAGAAUGGGGACCUGAGUGCGUGGCAUCAGCGAAACCCUCGAGUGGCGAUACGCACCAACAAUGAGCUGGCUUGCGAGAAACCUAAUAUUUAUUUCUGCGAGGAACCGCCGAACAUGAUACCAGCGGAGAACACUAAAACCUGCAACUAUCGCAACAUCUGGUACCAGGAGCAGGUGUACCGCUGGGUGGCAGGCAGGGGAUGCCUGCUGUACACCCCGGACUUUCUGUUCGUGGGUGGUAGAAAUACCAUCAAUCUGAACGCAGGCUGUGUGUACGGGAAUUUGUUUGCGCCUUGCUUGGAAGUCGUAAAAGACGAUGGCACAUGCGGCUGUUUCCCAUUUGAUCCGAGCCUCGAGGAAGUAGCUACGGCAGUACGCAAAGCCCUAGUGCCUUCUAUACACGGAAGAUGGGAGAGAUGUUUCUAUGGAGCCGUCGACUGUUGCAGUCACUUUAUGAACGGGAAUUACACUGUACAAGUAAAUAGCCAAUGUCCACCUACAUUUGAUGGAUGGAGUUGCUGGCAGCCAGCACAAAACGGUACCGUUGCCAGAUCAGUAUGCCCAGAGUUCGCCUACUCAAAUUCUGGACCAACUUGUCAUCAUUUCAGCCAUAAACAGUGUCACCCCCAAGGGGCAUGGGAGCUUCAAACGGAUUACAGUACUUGCAGCAUCACACCGCGGCUACUGCGCCGCUAUCGCUACUACAUAGGAGUACUUACCUUCUCUGUGGUCACCAGCUUUCCCGCCAUAUGCAUUUUUAUAUUCUACAAAAGACUACGCGUCACCAGGGUCGCCCUUCACAGAAACCUUCUCAUAGCUAUUGUUCUGAGAAAUAUAAUUGUUGUUAUCAGCAGGAACGUGAUCUAUAUUGACGAGUUAACAAACGCUGGGGAGACGAUAAUGUCGCAAAAUAGCGUUGCUUGCCGAGUACUGGCCUUCGCGGAGCGUCUCGCAGGCAACGCUGUAUUCGUAUGCAUGAUGUUGGAGGGAAUCUACCUGCAUAGACUCAUAGUGGCGGUGUUCAAGCAGAAGCUGAGCAUGAAAAUAUUGUACUGCAUCGGAGUAUUAUUCGCAAUGCUGCCAGUGUUCGCGUGGUCGAUUGUCAUGAGCCUGUACAACGACCACUCGUGCUGGAUGGUGUAUACGGUCGACCACAUCCAAUGGAUUAUCGACGUGCCACGCCUGCUCAUACUUUUGAUCAACGGCGUGCUGUACAUCGACGUACUUCGAGUACUGUUUACCAAGAUUCGGAAUAGCGAGAACGCCAAUCAAUUAAACACAGCGAAAGCCACGCUGUUCUUGAUGCCGAUAUUUGGAGUGCAAUUCUUAUUCACUGUGUUCCGUCCGUACACCACUAAUUGCGAUGUUGAACAGUUUUAUUAUAUCGUCGCGUAUACAAUCGAGGGCUUGCAAGGAUUUACCGUCGCUUUACUUUACUGCUAUAUUAAUAAGGAGGUGCACGCCUUAAUUAAAGCUACGUACAAGAAAGCAGAGGACACUGUUACUAGUCGCCUUAAAGGCUCCUCUUAUUAUCCUCGAAUGAGUGGAGAUCCUAAAACUAAUAGACGGUUCACUUAUACAUCGGCUCUUACUACAACCAAAGCAGACGAUUCAAAGAACCAAUACUUAACUAAAGAACCAAAACUACAUGUGGCAGAAAUAAUAUCAAUACAAGCAACAGAAAGACUCGCGGAGAUCUUAGACCCAGUUUAUGAAACAAUAGACAAUGUAAACUCCGAAGGCUAUGACUAUUUAGAACGGUCAAAUAACGACAUUGAUACUGAGUUUACACGGAAUUAUGGUUUUACAAAUGCAUCGAAUAUUUCGAUAGGUUGUCCGGAUUGGCUAAGACGCGAGUCUUCAUCAUCGAGCAAUAUUUAUAACGCUUCCGUUCCUGGAUGCCAUGUGAUACACGAAGAAAUUGUUAAAGAUACGGACAGUCUUAAAAUAAGUACAUCUUCAGGUCAAAAUGAAGAAGAUAAUAAGAAAUCCUUAGAGUCAAGUGAUUAUGAAAAUGCUAUUCAUAGUUUGUCUGAAUGUACGAGUAAUAAUAACAUUGACAGUGAAAAAGGAUUGGAUAUCGAUCGAGACAUGGAAUUUGACUGUGGGAAUUAUGAAAAUAUGCUGGAUGAAAUUAUGCAGUGUAUGGAAGCGCAUGAUGUUAAAUUAAACCCAGACCUUUUGGCACCAAAUAGAUCAGAAGGAGAUAAAAUUGUAUUUGUAGAAGAAUAA